AUGUUGAGUGCCAGAUCUUCAUUGCAACAGGUCAGAAGAGUUCAAAUACGAACUCUUGCUACCUCUGCAGAUUUAACUACUCAAAUUCCAAAUGAAUUCCAAUCAAGAGUUCCUCCAUAUCAAAAAUUAGUUUCAAAAUUAGGUCAAGUUAAUAAAAUUUUAAAUAAUACUCCAUUAACUUUAGCUGAAAAAAUCUUAUAUUCACAUCUUGUUAACCCUGAAGAAUCCCUUGCAAAAGGUUCUGUUCAACAAAUCAGAGGUUUAGAAUAUUUAAAAUUAAAUCCUGAUCGUGUUGCUAUGCAAGAUGCUUCUGCACAAAUGGCUCUAUUACAAUUCAUGACUUGUGGUUUAAAAUCCACUGCAGUUCCAGCUUCAAUCCAUUGUGAUCAUUUAAUCGUUGGUAAAGAUGGUGAAAAAAAAGAUUUAAAAUCUUCAAUUGCAACAAAUAAAGAAGUUUUCGAUUUUUUACAAAGUUGUGGUGAAAAAUAUGGUAUUCAAUUUUGGGGUCCAGGUUCUGGUAUUAUUCAUCAAAUUGUUUUGGAAAAUUUUAGUGCCCCAGGGUUAAUGAUGUUAGGUACUGAUUCUCAUACUCCAAAUGCUGGUGGGUUAGGUGCUAUUGCCAUUGGUGUUGGUGGUGCAGAUGCUGUUGAUGCCUUAACUGGUACUCCAUGGGAAUUAAAAGCUCCAAAAGUUUUAGGUGUUAAAUUAACUGGUAAAAUGAAUGGUUGGACUUCUCCAAAAGAUAUUAUUACUCAUUUAGCUGGUAUCUUAACAGUUAGAGGUGGUACUGGUUUUAUUGUGGAAUAUUUUGGUGAAGGUGUUGAAUCAUUAAGUUGUACAGGUAUGGCAACCAUUUGUAAUAUGGGUGCAGAAAUUGGUGCAACUACUUCAACUUUCCCAUAUCAAGAAGCUCAUAAACGUUAUUUAAUUAGUACAAAUAGAGCUCCUUUGGCUUAUGCUGCAGAUGAAGUUAAUGCUAAAUUUGGAUUUUUAAAAGCUGAUGAAGGUGCUCAAUAUGAUAAAAUUAUUGAAAUUGAUUUAAGUACUUUAGAACCUCAUGUUAAUGGUCCUUUCACUCCGGAUUUAUCAACUCCAAUUGGUAAAUUUGGUUCAGUAACUAAGGAAAACCAAUGGCCUGAAGAAGUUAGUGCUGGGUUAAUUGGUUCUUGUACAAAUUCUUCAUAUCAAGAUAUGUCAAGAGCUGUUUCAUUAGUUAAACAAGCUGAACAAGUUGGUUUAAAACCAAAAAUUCCAUUUUUCGUUACCCCAGGUUCCGAACAAAUUAGAGCAACUAUUGAAAGAGAUGGGUUAAUUGAUACUUUUAAAUCAAAUGGUGCUAUUGUCCUUGCGAAUGCUUGUGGUCCAUGUAUUGGUCAAUGGGAUAGACAAGAUAUUAAUAAAAAAUCAAGUGAAACUAAUUCAAUUUGGACCUCAUUUAAUAGAAAUUUUAGAGCAAGAAAUGAUGGUAAUAGAAAUACAAUGAAUUUCUUAACUUCACCAGAAAUGGUUACUGCAAUGAUUUAUUCAGGUGAUUCAAAUUUUAAUCCAAUUAAAGAUUCAAUUAAAUUAUCAAAUGGUGAAACUUUCCAAUUUCAACCUCCAAAAGGUGAUGAAUUACCAAAUGAAGGUUUUAUUUCAGGUAGAGAAGAAUUUUAUCCACCAUUAAAUCCUCAACCACAUCCAGAAGUUGAUAUUAAUGUUUCCCCAGAAUCUGAUCGUUUACAAUUAUUAGAACCUUUCAAACCAUGGAAUGGAAAAGAAUUGAAAUUAAACAUGUUGAUGAAAGUUGAAGGUAAAUGUACUACAGAUCAUAUUUCAGCUGCAGGUGUUUGGUUAAAAUAUAAAGGUCAUUUAGAAAACAUUUCAUAUAAUACUUUAAUCGGUGCACAAAAUAAAGAAACUGGUGAAGUUAAUACUGCAUAUGAUUUAAACGGUGAUAAAUAUUCAAUCCCAGAAUUAAUGAUUAAAUGGAAAGAAGAUCAAAGACCAUGGUGUGUUGUUGCUGAACAUAAUUACGGUGAAGGUUCUGCAAGAGAACAUGCUGCUUUAUCACCAAGAUUUUUAUCUGGUGAAAUGAUUUUAGUUAAAUCAUUUGCACGUAUUCAUGAAACAAAUUUGAAAAAACAAGGUAUGUUACCAUUAUGGUUUGCAAAUGAAGCUGAUUAUGAUAAAUUAAGUCAUGGUGAUGUCUUGGAAACAACAAAUUUAGUUGAUAUGUUGGAAAAAAAUGGUGAUAAUGGUGGAAUUAUUAAUAUUAAAGUUACUAAAGCUAAUGGUGAAACUUUUGAAAUUGAAACUAAACAUACAAUGUCUAAAGAUCAAGUUGAUUUCUUUAAAGCUGGUUCAGCAAUUAAUCAUAUUGGUAAUUUACGUCGUGCUGAAGCUGAAGCUGCUGCAAAAGCUUAA